AUGGCGGCCGACGCGAACAAGGCCGAGGCACAGACAUGUAUGGAUCGGGCGAGGGAGGCUUUAAAGGAAGGCGACGCCGAAAAAGCGACCCGUAUGCUAAACAAAGCGAAAAAGCUCAACCCGGAUCAGGAUAUUAAUUAUUUGUUAAAAAAGGCUGCGAAUCUCGGCACGCACGCUCAGCAGUCGUCGAGCAGCAACCGAUCAGAGCCGAGUAAUGAUAGAUCCUACGCUCACGACGAUCACUACGAAGAAUCAGACGGGUUGCGCAGUCGACACGCUCGGCAUAGCAUGCAUGUCCCCUCCAGCCAGAACCUAAAUGCGAACGGCAGCGCGGCAGCUGCAAGAGCCAAGUCUCGCUCGAGAAGUGCCCCUCGUCUGGGUGUCGACUUCACCCAAAAGCAAGUCGACUUGGUGGCCCGGAUCCGGAAGGGCAAGGACUACUACGAGAUCCUGAACGUCCAGAAGACCGCCUCGGAUGACGAUAUCAAAAAGGAGUACCGGAAAUUGGCACUGCAACUGCAUCCUGAUAAAUGCAGGGCGCCGCACGCUACGGAGGCUUUUAAAGCCCUCGGCAACGCCUACGCCGUACUCUCAAACCGAGAGAAGCGUCAACAGUAUGAUAUGUAUGGUAGCGCUUCACCUUCCACAAGACGUCGCAACCAGGGCGACUAUUUUGAGUACGACUACAACCGAGGAUUCGAAUCUGAAAUGACGCCAGAAGAGAUCUUCAACAUGUUCUUCGGGGGUGGAUUUCCGGGUGAUGGCGGAUUUCAGAGGAGAAGAGGGCCAGUCCCGAGACAACAUCACCAUGAGGGUCGGGAGGACUCGCCCUAUACCCCAUUCCUACAGUUAUUCCCGCUGAUCGCGAUGCUCGUGCUCGGCCUUAUCGCUCAAUUCCUCGUUUCUGAUCCCACAUUUUCAUUACAUCAGAAUAGUAAAUACACUGUCCGCCGAGAAACAACCGAGCUGAAGGUGCCCUAUUUCGUCAAGCCCGACUUUUUGCAAAACUAUAAGGGCCAGUUGAAACGGAUAGAGAACCAAGUGGAAGAUGAGUACGUACAACAACUCCGGAUGCAGUGCUACAAGGAGAAUAAUCAAAAAGAAACGAUGAUCUAUCGGGCUCGCAUCUACCAAGACAUCGACCUAUUACGACGGGCUCAAAACCUAAAAAUGGACGCUUGCCAGCGACUAGAAAAACUUUAUGGCCAU